UAAAAUGACGGGCAAGAGUCGCUUACAGAACACUUGCGGAAAAGCUUACCCAAAGAUAUGGUUGGUUCGAAAUGGAUGACGGGAAACUUUGCCCGGCCAAUGAAAUCCUUUCCAAUAUUUAGGUGAGGCUUUCGACUUCUUUCGAAUAAUGUACCAAGAUCUGCAGAUGGAGCAAAGUAUACAACAGCACUUCAUCUCUGAUAAAAUGAUACUAUUUUUCAAAUUUUGAAGAUCGAUGUUCUUAUUAAGUGGAAUCCUGCUACUUAAAGAUGAAAUGAUGGAAAACACUGCUCUAAAAAUAAGAUUCCGCAAUACGCUUAUUUAAUUUAUCCGGAGUUAAAAAAAUAAUUAAGAAUUUGAAGAAAAAAAGAAUGAUAUAAACAGUUUUUAAUUUUUGAAAGUUAUCAAAAAAAGACAAAUGGUGUCGUGAAUUGUUAGGAACAAAAUUAUUUUAACCACAGUGUAAAAAAUCAAAUUUCUAAAAUUCAAACUUUUAUUGACAUGCACGUUUAUUCCAGUAUAACUAUAUACGAUGACAUUGUUUCAAUGUUACUUUCUCAACAAUUUCCAAGCACUAGACACAAGCUGAGAAACUGAGAAGCAUGAAGAAUAAUUCUCUGGAAUCUCGCAUUAAUUUUGUGGCAUCUCAUGAUAAUUUUACAGUGGAAGAAGCAGAUCUAGCUAUCACUUCGGAAAUAAUAUGGUUGAUAUUUAUUUGCAUAUUCUUAAGCAUACUGAUUAUUGCGACCAUUGUGGGGAAUAUUUUUGUCAUGAUUGCCAUCGUCAAGGACAGAAAUCUUAAUAAUUUAAGCAACUAUUUAGUGUUCUCAUUGGCGCUUGCCGAUUUGCUAGUAGCUUUACUAGUCAUGCCAAUUGGCGCAGUUUAUGAAGUUCGAAAAGAAUGGACGAUGGGUCCAGUUUUAUGUGAUUUAUGGACUUCUUGUGACGUGCUUUGCUGCACGGCUUCAAUACUUCAUCUACUAGCCAUAGCCGUAGAUCGCUAUUGGGCCGUUACUAAUGUUGACUACGCUAGAAACCGAUGCAAAAAGCGUAUUUACACAGCUAUAUUUUUAGUUUGGGGCAUAUCAUUUAUCAUAUCAAUUGCCCCAAUAUUUGGAUGGAAAGAUCCAGAUUUUACCACACGUAUCGAAAUCGAAAAACGCUGCUUAGUGAGCCAAGAUUUAGGCUACCAAGUGUUUGCUACUUGCUCAAGUUUUUAUGUUCCAUUGGUAAUGAUUCUAAUUCUGUAUUCACGAAUAUUCCAAGAGGCUCGAAGAAGAAUCCGACGUAGACCAGGAGCCGCCAGUCAGGCUAUGCUGCUAGUUCAGCGUCCCCCACCGGCUUUUACAGACUCCAAGCGAAGCAGCAGUUCGCCGUCAUCAAGCUUCGAUCCACCAUCUUCCGUUGUAGAUACAACUCUUUCUUGCAAUAUCAUGAAUGCAAGCGGAACUCCAUCUCAAAAUGCAAAUGGCGUACAGAACUCUAAGCAAUCGAUUCUAACUCCACAAAACUCUUCUUCCGGAAGUGGUGGGGCUGUCGGUAGGUUACUGCACAUAGGAAAACGCGGUGAAAAGAAGUCAGAGAACAAUUUAGCUAAACGCGAAAAGAAAGCUGCUAAAACCCUAGCUAUAAUCACUGGAGUUUUUGUAAUGUGCUGGAUGCCUUUCUUCGUCAUGGCCCUACUACUACCUCUGUGCAACGAAUGUGAGCCUUCUUUUCCAAUUUUUAGUGUCUUCCUAUGGCUGGGUUAUGCGAAUUCUAUGCUCAAUCCUAUCAUUUAUACAAUAUUCAGCCCAGACUUUCGAAGUGCGUUUCGAAAGCUGUUGUGUACAAUCCACACCAGUCAGCGACCACUGUGACUUAACUCUUGUUGUUUCCUCUAACUGCACACGAUGUUAUCGCACAGUGUUUUGAAUGUUUCAUAAAUGUACCAAAUUAUUCAAUCCAUAUUACUAAGUAAAGUGCUUGUUGUUUGCUCUAAUUCUAUGCUUGCUCUACAGUUUCUUCUGUGUUUGCAUGGAAAGCGUCACAAAUGCUGUGAUAAGAAGCAUGUACAGUUUUUAAUUUGAUAUUUAGCGUGUUUAAUGAAACAAUAGUUUGAAAAAUCUUACUCUACCGGUGGGACAUGAUUAAGAAACAAUAAUCUCUAUUUUUAGUUGAAUUACUAAACUAUAAUUCAAAGUGCAAAAAAAAAAAAAACAUAUGUAUGCAUGAUGAUUGUUGAAAAAAGUAUGUAAACUUUCAAUAUCCCAACGAAAACUUAUUUGGAUAAUCUUAUUUUUUCAUACAUAUGAAGAUUGUCGUCAAGAAUAUUACUUCUAC